UAGGAAAGUAAACUAUACAGUAAUUUUGAAUUUGAUGGCUGCAAUGUUUUAAAAUACUCAGGACAGGGAAAUGUUAACAACUUCGUAGCAUCCCCAUUAACAUUUAUUCUUCAGUGCUGAUAACAAGCUGGAAGAUGUGGCAUCCAUGGUUUACAAAAAUAAUUUUACAUUUAAUGACAUACCACAGAACGGUUUUCCAUUUUGUCUGUCCAUUUUAUAUUAACUUUGGUCCAGAGAAGAUUUUUGGCUUUUAUGCCUUCUUUUUUGUAUAAAUCUUUAACCUGCAUUUGUGGAACUGUGUUCACAGACAAUGCUUUCUGGAGGUGUUUAUAAACCCAUGCAGUGAUUUCCAUUCUGCAAUUCAUUUUGAUAAUAUUAUGUACUGUAAAAGAUGAGAUAUUCAAAUUCUUCAAAAUAUUGAAGAAAAUUAUUCUGAAAUUGUUCUAUAUGAGCGGUUUUUCUCACAAUAGCGAACCUCUGCUUAUCUCUACUUCUGAGAGAUUCUGCCUCUCUAAAAUACACCUUUUAUACCCAGUAAUGUUACUGGAUAUUUAUUUUUGAUAACACUUAAUUUUACAACCUUUUGUUGCCCUGUCCCAACUUUUUUUUUUCUUUCUUUUUUUAUAAUAAAAUACAGGUUUCUAAAAUUGGCAAAUCUUGGCAAAAAACUUUUUGGAUUUGUAGUUAUACUGUAAUACAUUUAGCCCAGGAUAAGCAUGUAGGAUAAGUUCUGUAGGUUUUUAUGAAUCCUGUUAGGUAUUUAUCAGACAUUUGCUCAUUAGUUAUAGAGUGCAACCCUUAACUUGUGUUUUCUUUUACUUUAAAUAUUCCACAUCCAGCAUGAAAGGUGUGUCAUGGCUCUCAGUGUGAUUUAUUGCACAGCUGUGGAGAAAUCCUGCAUUGAUCAGAUCAUGAUAUAAUGGUGGGAACUCUGAGUGCUGAGGGUGUACUGUAUUCAGCAGAUAUACCAGUGUGUGUGUGUGUGUGUGUGUGUGUGUGUGUGUCCACUUCACUCCCGCGCUGCUGCAGUCUCGCGCACGCAAUCCCUGCCCGCCCGGUUGCCAUAGUUACCCGGGUCACAUGCGCGGCUUUCCCGUGGCCAGCGGCGUAGAAAGAAAGAGAGAGAGAGAGAGAGAGAGAGAGAAAGGGGAUGCUUUCCGUCGGCUUCUCUGCCAUUUUCAUGUGGACGAAUUAGACAGAAGGAACGCCAUUUGAAAACAAAUGGAAAUAGGCGCCGUAUGGGACUGUGAGAGGAGGUCCGUCGCUCGCUCUUCCGACCCCGUUACAGGUCUGUCCGCCGCCGGUUCCGUAGAUUUCAGGUGACGCGAGAGCACACAGACGGGUGUUUCAUCAGUCGAGCUCUGCCUGCCUUUUGCACGUCUUUCUCUGGAGCCCUGCCUUCAGGAAUGAGUAUAGAAAUCCCCGAGGGCUUGACGGAGCUUUUGCAGAGCUUUACGGUGGAGGUGUUGAGGAAUCAGCCGCGGGAUCUUUUGGAGUUCGCGCUGCAGUAUUUCACCCAGCUGAAGGAGAACGAAGCGAGGGCGGCCGCUUUCGGCAAUGAGCAGCACCCGGCUCUGCGCGCAGGCAAAGCCGUUAACUUCAUCGAGGAGGCCAUGCAGAUCGACUCGGAGAACGGAGAGGACGAGGAUGACGAUGAGGAAUUCGUAGCACCAGUCAUUAACAGAUUCAUAAGGCGACCUUCUGUGUGUGCGGAGGCCUUCAACCCAGAUGAGGAUGAAGAGGACAAGGAGCCCAGGGUGACUUACCCAAAAACAGAUGAACAGAGACAAAGACUACAAGAGGCAUGCAGGGACAUACUUCUUUUUAAAAAUCUCGAUCAGGAGCAAAUGUCCCAGGUUCUGGAUGCCAUGUUUGAGAAGACAGUUUUAGUCGGGGAACACAUCAUCGAUCAAGAUGAUGAUGGGGACAACUUUUAUGUCAUUGAAAGAGGGACUUUUGACAUCCUUGUAAAGUCAGAGGGCACCACAAGAACAGUGGGCUCAUAUGACAACCGUGGGAGUUUCGGGGAGCUGGCGCUAAUGUAUAACACCCCACGCGCCGCCACCAUUGUUGCUACCUCACCUGGCGCCCUGUGGUGCCUAGACCGAUUGACAUUCAGAAGGAUCAUUGUAAAAAACAAUGCCAAAAAGAGGAAAACGUAUGAAGCUUUCAUCGAGACCCUUCCACUACUCACAUCUUUGGAGGUCUCAGAAAGAAUGAAGGUGGUGGAUGUCUUGUCAUCCAGAGUGUACAAAGAUGGAGAUCAGAUCAUUGCACAAGGUGACCUAGCAGACUGUUUCUACAUUGUAGAGUCAGGUGAGGUUAGAAUCACCAUGAGGAACCGGUUGAAAACAGAAUCGGAGCAUGAGGAGGUGGACAUCGCUACAUGCACUAGAGGGCAGUACUUUGGAGAAUUGGCCCUUGUUACAAACAAACCAAGGGCCGCUUCUGCAUAUGCUGUGGAAAAUGUAAAAUGCUUAGUAAUGGAUGUCCAGGCGUUUGAGAGGCUUCUGGGGCCGUGCAUGGACAUCAUGAAACGCAACAUCGCUAACUAUGAAGAGCAGUUGGUCACCCUUUUUGGAAGUCAGAUGGACAUAGAAGAGCCAAGUGCAUAAAAAUAAUAAUUAAAAAAAACUAUACGCUCCAAUGCAAAUAUUGAAAAUAAAAAUGAAUGGUGAGUACAGUUUUCUCACUAUUGUUCAGAUGCCAUAUUAUCAUAACUUUUGAACUUUCUUCAAGCAUCACAAUGUGAAGCUCUGGUGUGUCAGUAAUAGUGAUUUUUACAUGUAGGAUAAAUUUAACAGUUUAUGUAAGGUUUGAAAAACUUUAAAUUUUUUGUUAGUAAAGUGUUUUGUUAUAUUGGGAAUAAACUGUUUAUCCAGCUGUUUAGUAAUGUCAUUCGCUCCACUGCUAUAUUUUAUUCUUAGAAUAGCAUUAGUUUAUUUUUUACAGUUAUUUUUAUUUCUAAGCUCAGGCUUUGACAGAAAGAUGUUGAAAACUCCUGUCACUCAUUUGUCGUGUAUUUCAAAUCCUGUAUAUUUUUGAAGUACAAAUAGCAAUGCUCUACAUUAUGAUAUCCUUAUGUUUUGUCUUGAUUGAUUAUCCUAAUAGAACGAGCAAACCCACAAAAUAUACCACAUUCAUUUAGGAUUAAACUGUAUAUGAGUUUAUAAGUCUGAUACAAACAUGUAUUAAAACAGGAUGUGUGACACUCGUUAAUAAACUUGGUGCGACUACAUGAAAGGAAACAUAAGUGUGUGUAUGCAGAUUGCACUUUGCUGUCAGAAUCCUGGAAAAUCAAAAACACUGCACAUUAAUUUAUUCUGUACACAGUAGUUUAGAAUUUUUGUUUCCUCAUGAAUAAGGAAACUCCAUGUAGUAUUUAAAAUGACUGUCUUAAAAGUAGCGUAUUUAUUGUACAUACACAUUACUUCAACAUUUAUUUAUUGACCACAGUGAUUCAGAGUGGAAUACAGCCUAUUUAAUGUUGGUAAGAUAGCUUUCUGUUGCCGAUUAUUUUCUACAGUGUGUGAUUUUGUUAAAAAAAAAAGAUAUAUUAAGAAUUGUUAUUAAAAAUGUUAAGGCAUAAUUACUUUUAUAUUUAUGUUACUCAAACAUGCUCAUUUGCCUUUAAAAGUUUUACUCCUGAACUGCAAUAUGUGUCGCCAAUUGUAGUGCUGUUAUUCAUUUUUUUUCAUUCAUUACAGUAUUACAGUGUCUUUGCUCCACUGGCAAGUAAUCACAUUUGGAUUUCUUUUUUUCUUCCAAUACUAUGGAUAAAAUGAGAUUUGUUAAUGUCUCCAUAACAAUGUUUCACCAUUACACUGUGUGAGAGUCUACAGCUUCUGUCUCAGAGUAGCCCACCCUCCACUGUGUGCUUUCACUGUAGGAUUUUCUGUUCUUUGUUUUCUAAGCAGUGCACUUGUUAAAUACUUUAAAUGCUGCCCUGUGUUUAUAUUUAUAUCGUUUAUCUGACUGGACAUGUUCAAAAGUAGCUCUGCAUUACUGCUCUCUAUUUAAUAACAUUCAUGUAGAAAGGUCUACUCUUAAUGCCAGAGGCACCAGUACUAUUGUCUGUGAUAUAUUUCAUUUUCCAUUCAAAUAAAAUACAGUUUUGUAUGA